AUGAGAAAUCAUGAUUUGGCAAUUGGUUUCAACGAAGAACCAUUCGAUAAUUUUCGGCAUUUCAAUGAUAUUCUGAAGGUCGAAGAGGAAAAUUCGUGUCAGCCAUAUGUAAUUGGUUCAAGACAAUUCGAUUUGCUUGAACUGACUGCUCCAAUGAUAUGUGUCUACACAGAAAUUAUAAAACGAGAAGAGCUUUUAAAUGGAACGAUAUUAGUGGAUGCAUCAAAAAAUGAAACUAACAUUGAGCCAGGAAUACCAACUAGAAUAGAUUUUGAGCAGUUUGUUGUUUUCUGCCGAGAUCCAUCAGGCUAUCAUUUUUAUAACAAAACAUGGUUCAAUUUUCAACCGAAACUCGAAAAAUUGGAAUUUCGAAAAUCCCAGAAAACCGAUGGAUUGAUGGUUCUUAUUGUAACUGGAAUGUCUCAUAAUCAAGCAAUGCGUCAUCUCAAAAGAACCUUCAGUUUUGCUUCCAAACACAACUUUUUGUCAUUUUCAAUGUUUAAUCAGGUCAGAGGUUUUCAAGAAGUGUUAGAGAUGAGAACCACGAAAUUUCAGAGGUCCAUAGAUAACUGGGAGAAUUCAAUGAAAUUGUUUAGAACAUGGAGAAAACCGAGAUGUGUUACGUUUCUGCAUUCUGACUCCGAUAGAAUCUCUAAACAUUUUGGGGAUAAAUUUGAUUUCCAUUCACAACUCUACAACAAUUUUAAUCGUAAAUAUCUGGGUCAUGUGGAUAACUGUAUCACAGAUGGACGUGUUACUGUAGAAGAUGCAGUUUCGUUAUGGGUCAAUUCAACGAAAGCUUUUCACAACAAGAAGUUUUGUCAUUUUUCUCUUCUUCAUCUCGAUGAUAUCGCUUCUCCUCUUGAUGGAACAUUGGUGAAUCUGGAUGAAGUAUUAAGGGAUUCAUUUCAAGAUUUGUUUGACGAAGGGAUUCUUGCAAACACGACAAUUAUAGUUUUAAGUGGUGGAUCCAAGAAUAGCACUGUAUAUAAAACGGAAAGUGGAAAGAUAGAAUCAAAAUAUGGUCUGUUUCUGAUUAGACCAUCUGACCGGCUCCGAACAAAAUUUCCAGGAAAAAUUAGCAGUUUAUCCAAGAACGUAGACAGAUUGAUCACAGACGACGAUAUAUCUGAAACUCUGCUGGAUUUAAUGACCAAUUUUGAACAUUCUGAAUUUCAAAGAUCUCUUUUUGAAACCGAACUUUCCAGUAACAGAAAUUGUGAAGAUGCGGGUAUUUUUGAAGACUUCUGCAUAUGUUCCAAAAGAGUUGAACUAGGAAAAAAAACUCAUUUAUGGUUUUUCAGGAAGGAAGUUAUGAAGUCUUUACUGAAACUAAUAAGAAAAGAAUUUUCUAUGUUCAAAUGCAUUUCCAAGAUUCAGAUAGACACAAGAAACUGGAAUGUUAGAAAAUUUGGUCAUUAUUUUUUCCAAUUCCAUGGAAACUUGACAACUGAACGCAUCAAAGAAUCAGGAAGGUUUUCAAACUCGACGGUAUUAAAAUUCCACGGUACAGCCAGAUUCUCAACGCUAGCUAUGGUAGAUCUCGAACUCAAAGAUCGUUUGAAAAUGGAAAAAUUAGAAACAAAAGAGAAGUAUUUAGAUCAACCUUUCCAUUUAUAA